UAUCCCCCACACAUUCAGAAGAAAAUCAUCAUAUAGUUGAAGAGGAAAAGAAAAGAAAAAGUUCUGAAAAUGCCACAAAAAGUGUAUGAAGAUUUUAUACCUAAAAGUGAGGUUUUAGGAGAGACAGAUGCCACUGCCCCUACAGUCAUUAAUAUUUAUUUGUCAGGUUUCAAGAAGGAAGAGUUAAAGGUUUCACUUGGUCAACCAGCCAAACCAACGAAAUUGAGGAUGACAGGAGAAAAGCCUAUAGGGGGUGGUAAAAAAUGGGUCAGGUUUAUAAAAGAGUUCCCAAUUUCACCAGAUUGCGACACAGAUAAGAUUUCGGCGAAAUUUGAAGGAGGCAUUCUAAGUGUCACGCUGCCCAAAAAGACCGCUAGCGUGCAAGAACCCGAUGAAACAAAGGAGAAUAAAGAGAGUGGUCAAGGGCAGCAGGCAAAAGGACAAACAGACACUACUAAUAGCUCCCAGCAAACCACAAAGGGUGUUGAUCCUCUUGAACAUAAACCUGAUCAUGCUCAAAAGCCAACCCAUGGCUCUGAUGAUGAUCAGGCUGUUCAAGAGACAAAAAACAAGAAAGCUGAAGAACCCGCAGCUCCCCAAGCAAAAGGAAAGGCUGGCAUUUCAGAAGAGGAGCCGAAACUAGAAGAGUCAAAAGGGCAAGCCACUACUACCGAGGCAAGCGCAAAGAUUGUUCCUCCAGAGCCCGAACGUGAUCAAAUGACAAGCGGUGGUGAUGGAAACAAGAGAAGGGAAGAGGCAAGCUCUGAGGCUGGUCGAGGAGGGUCAACUUCUGACCCUCCUCCUCCAAAGCCUCGAGAGUCAAACAAGAAAGCUGAAGAGCAGGAAGGUGGCGAGCCCGCGAAUCAACAAGUAAAAGGAGAGGCUGUUAGAGAAGAGGUGCUGAAACCAGAAGAGCCAACGAGCCAUGCACAACAGGCAAAACAACCUAAUGAAGUGAACGGUGCAAAGAGUGAAACUACUACCGAUGACAACCAGAAAGAAGAAGGGGAUGCCAAAAACGCAGUCAAGAGAAAGGGUUAUGAGUGUACCUUUACCGAAACGAAGCUGAGGAAGCGCGUGAAAAUGUUGAAUUUGGCUCUGGUGGUUUUGGCUGGCAUUGGCAUUGGACUGUAUGUUAAGAACAUGAUUAGGUCCUAUGGCGGAGAGGCUGAAGAGUGAAUAUCCUGUUAGCCUUGGUUUGCUGAAUCUAAGUCGUGGACAAAUCGACUAACAUAUCCUGCGCAACUAGAAUUGUGAAUCACACAACUUACAUGCGAUUGAUUUUAUAUUUAUUGAAUGUAAUGUAAUAACAUGCAUUUUAAUAAAAUAACAACAUUAAG